AUGCAGCCUUGUGGAGCAGUGAGGAUGUACAAGCGUCGUGACUAUGUGGACCUGUAUGAGAAAGACCAGGCUAAAUGGGCUCUAGUACGAAACGUCAACACUGUCUUCAAGCACUCUACACUGCUACCGGGGGACUAUGUGUGGUUGGACCUGAAGGCGGGCCGGGAGUUUGUGGUCCCCAUCGGAGCCGUGGUCAAACUCUGUGACUCUGGACAGAUACAGGUUCUGGAUGAUGAGGGGAACGAGCAUUGGAUAUCCCCCCAGAAUGCAACCAACAUUAAGCCCAUGCACCCCACCUCCAUCCAUGGGGUGGAGGACAUGAUCCGCCUGGGAGACCUCAACGAGGCCGGCAUCCUCCGCAACCUGCUUAUACGAUAUACAGAACACCUUAUAUAUACGUAUACAGGCUCUAUCCUGGUGGCAGUAAACCCCUACCAGGUGCUGCCCAUCUACACAGCUGACCAGAUCCGCCUGUACACCAAUAAGAAGAUAGGAGAGAUGCCUCCACACAUCUUUGCCAUCGCAGACAACUGUUACUUCAACAUGCAGAGGAACAACAGAGACCAGUGCUGUAUCAUCAGUGGUGAGUCUGGAGCAGGGAAGACAGAGAGCACCAAGCUGAUCCUCCAGUUCCUAGCAGCCAUCAGUGGACAACACUCCUGGAUAGAACAACAGGUCCUGGAGGCUAAUCCUAUACUGGAGGCGUUUGGCAAUGCUAAGACGAUCCGUAAUGAUAACUCUAGCCGCUUCGGGAAAUACAUCGACAUCCACUUCAACAAGAGAGGAGCCAUAGAGGGGGCCAAGAUAGAACAGUACCUGCUGGAGAAGUCACGAGUCUGCAGACAGGCUCGUGAUGAGAGGAACUACCAUAUCUUCUACUGUAUGUUGAAGGGCAUGCCUUCAGACCAGAAGAAGAAACUGGGACUAGGGAAAGCCACAGACUACAGCUACCUUACUAUAGGGAAGUGUACUGUGUGUGAUGGUCGUGAUGAUAUGAAGGAGUAUUCAAACAUCCAAUCAGCCAUGAAGGUGUUGAUGUUCUCUGACACUGAGAACUGGAUGAUCUCCAAACUAUUGGCCUCUAUACUACAUAUGGGGAACCUGCGUUAUGAAGCUCGUACCUAUGACAACCUGGAUGCCUGUGAGGUGGUCCGCAGCAUAGACCUGACUUCUGCUGCUACACUGCUGGAGGUGGACUGUAAAGACCUGAUGAACUGUCUGACCAGUAGGACUCUGAUCACUAGAGGAGAAACAGUCUCCACUCCCCUCAGUAUAGAGCAGGCACUGGACGUACGGGACGCCUUCGUCAAGGGGAUCUACGGUCGUCAGUUUGUGUGGAUCGUAGAGAAGAUCAAUGCAGCGAUCUACAAGCCUCCGUCCCACGAGCCCAAAGCCCUCAGACGCUCCAUAGGACUACUAGACAUCUUUGGCUUCGAAAACUUCACCAUCAACAGUUUUGAGCAGCUGUGCAUUAACUUUGCCAACGAGAACCUGCAGCAGUUCUUUGUGAGGCAUGUGUUCAAACUGGAGCAGGAGGAGUACAACCUGGAACACAUCAACUGGCAACACAUCGAGUUCACAGACAACCAGGACGCCCUGGACAUGAUCGCUAUCAAACCCAUGAACAUCAUCAGCCUCAUAGACGAGGAGAGCAAGUUCCCCAGGGGUACAGACACCACUAUGUUGAAUAAGUUGAACUCUCAACAUAAAUUGAACACCAACUACAUCCCUCCUAAGAACACUUAUGAGACCCAGUUUGGCAUCCAGCACUUUGCUGGGGUGGUCUACUACGAGACACGAGGUUUCUUGGAGAAGAACAGAGACACCCUGCACGGUGACAUCAUCCAGCUGGUUCACUCCUCCAGGAACAAGUUCAUCAAGCAGAUCUUCCAGGCCGAUGUUGCCAUGGGGGCGGAGACCAGGAAGCGCUCUCCUACUCUGAGCAGUCAGUUCAAGCGUUCUCUGGAACUGCUGAUGAGGACUCUGAGUGUGUGUCAGCCCUUCUUCGUACGCUGCAUUAAACCCAAUGAGUACAAGAAACCCAUGCUGUUUGACAGGGAGCUGUGUGUUCGUCAGCUGAGGUAUUCAGGCAUGAUGGAGACCAUUCGUAUCCGCAGAGCUGGUUAUCCAAUCAGAUACACCUUUGUUGAGUUUGUGGACCGCUACAGAGUCCUCAUGCCAGGAGUCAAACCUGCAUACAAACAGGAGGACCUGAGGGGAACUUGUCAGCGUAUAGCGGAAGCUGUCCUUGGGAGAGAUGAUGAUUGGCAGAUGGGAAAGACCAAGAUCUUCCUCAAGGACCACCAUGACAUGCUGUUGGAGAUCGAGAGAGACAAGGCCAUCACGGACAAGGUCAUCCUUAUCCAGAAGGUUGUACGAGGCUUCAAGGACAGGUCCAACUUCCUGAAGAUGAGAAAGUCAGCCAUGAUGAUCCAGAAGACGUGGCGAGGAUAUCACUGUCGCAAGAACUAUGGAGCUAUGCGGGCAGGGUUUGCCAGACUCCAGGCGUUGUACCGCUCCAGGCGACUGUACGUAACGUACCACGUGGCUAGACAGAGAGUGACGGGUCUGCAGGCCAGGUGUAGAGGCUGUCUGGUCCGAAGGGCCUUCAGACACCGGCUAUGGGCCGUCAUCACCAUCCAGGCUCACACACGGGGCAUGAUCGCACGACGCCUCUACAAGAGACUGAAGGGAGAGUAUCGGAGGAGGUUGGAGGCAGAGAAGCUGCGUCUGGCUGAGGAGGAGAAACUGAGGAACCAGAUGAGCGCUAAGAAGGCCAAGGUUGAAGCAGAGCGUAACCACCAGGAGAGACUGGCCCAGCUAGUGAAGGAGGAUGCGGAGAGAGAGAAGAGAGAGAGGGAGGAGGUGCGUAAGAAGAAGGAGAUGGUGGAGCAGAUGGAGAAAGCCAGACAUGAGCCGGUGAACGACUCUGACAUGGUGGAUAAAAUGUUCGGCUUCCUGGGUACAACAAACUCCUUCCCUGGCCAGGAGGGAGCGCCACCAGCUGGGUUCGAGGACUUGGAACGUGCCCAGAAGGAGCUUGAGGAGGAGGAUUUAGAUGAUGUUCUUCCUCUCCCUGAGGAUGAGGAGGACGACCUGUCGGAGUAUAAAUUUGCCAAGUUCGCUGCCACCUAUUUCCAGGGCACCACAUCACACACCUACGUCCGACGGCCACUUAAACAACCGCUGCUGUUCCAUGAAGACGAGGGCGACCAGCUGGCGGCGUUGGCGGUAUGGAUCACGGUGCUGAGGUUCAUGGGAGAUCUCCCAGAACCCAAGUACCACACGGCCAUCACUGACGGCUCGGAGAAGAUCCCUGUGAUGACCAAGAUCUACGAGACGCUGGGCAAGAAAACCUACAAGAGGGAACUACAGGCCCUGCAGGGGGAGGGAGAGACCCCCCAUUCAGACAGCAACAAGAAGAACAGUGUCCGACACAAACUAGUGUCCCUCACCCUGAAGAAGAAGUCCAAGAUCACUGAGGAGGUGACCAAGCGCCUGAAUGACGGAGAGAUUAGUCUCCAUGGCAACAGCAUGUUGGAGGACCGGCCCACCUCUAACCUGGAGAAACUCCACUUCAUCAUCGGCAACGGAAUACUACGACCUGCCCUGAGGGAUGAGAUCUACUGCCAGAUCUGUAAGCAGUUGAACCAGAACCCGUCUAAGAGCAGUCACGCCCGCGGCUGGAUCCUCAUCUCUCUGUGUGUCGGCUGCUUCGCUCCCUCUGAGAAGUUUGUCAAGUACCUGCGUAACUACAUCCAUGGUGGUCCUCCUGGCUACGCCCCCUACUGCGAGGAGAGACUCAGACGCACGUUUGUUAACGGCACCAGAACACAACCCCCGUCCUGGCUGGAGCUACAGGCCACUAAGUCUAAGAAGCCCAUCAUGUUGCCAGUAACAUUUAUGGAUGGGACCACUAAGACGUUGUUGACAGACUCAGCUACUACGGCCAUGGAGCUGUGUAACGCCCUGGCAGACAAGAUCAGCCUCAGAGACCGCUUUGGAUUCUCUCUCUAUAUCGCCCUGUUUGACAAGGUCUCCUCCCUAGGCAGUGGAAAGGACCAUGUGAUGGACGCGGUGUCCCAGUGUGAGCAGUAUGCCAAGGAGCAGGGUGCCCAGGAGAGGAACGCCCCCUGGAGACUGUUCUACAGGAAGGAGAUAUUCACGCCCUGGCACAACCCUGCAGACGAUGCUGUGGCCACCAACCUCAUCUACCAACAGACUGUACGAGGGGUAAAGUUUGGAGAGUACCGCUGUGAUAGGGAUGACCUAGCAGAGUUAGCCAGUCAGCAGUAUUAUGUGGACUACGGUUCUGAGAUCCUGACAGAGCGUCUGCUGAGCCUGAUCCCAUCCUACAUCCCCGACCGAGAGGUCAGCUCCUCCCGGAGCGUGGAGAAAUGGGCCCACGUCAUCAUGGCUGCCCAUAAAAAGGGCAUCUACACCCAGCAGAGGGUUGACCCCCAGAAGGUGAAGGAGGAAGUGGUGGACUUCGCUCGCUACAAAUGGCCGCUCCUCUUCUCACGCUUCUAUGAGGCCUUCAAGCUCUCAGGUCCGAGUCUGCCUAAGAAUGAUGUCAUUGUGGCGGUGAACUGGACAGGGGUGUACUUUGUAGACGAACAGGAGCAGGUGCUGCUAGAACUCUCUUUCCCAGAGAUCACUGCAGUCUCCAGCAGCAGAGGGGGUAAGCUGCAGGGGCAGAGCUUUACGUUGGCGACCAUAAAGGGCGAUGAGUUUACGUUCACGUCGACCAACUCUGAGGACAUCAGAGACCUUGUGGUAACGUUCCUAGAGGGCCUGAGGAACCGGUCCAAGUACGUGGUGGCUCUGCAGGACAAUACCAACUCUGGUGGGGAGGAGUCUACGUUCCUGUCGUUCCAAAAGGGAGACCUGAUUCUAUUGGACCAAGAGACAGGUCAGCAGGUCAUGACCUCAGGCUGGGCCCAUGGGGUCAAUGAACGGACCAAUCAAAAAGGAGAUUUCCCUGUUGACGCCGUCUACGUCCUGCCCACUGUUACCAGACCUCAGGCUGACGUAGUGGCAUUGGUUACCAUGACACCAGACCAGAGACAGGAGACGGUGCGUUCAUCUCAGCUGGUUCUGCCGGAGACUGGAGAGGAGAGGGUUAAACCUUACACACUGGAAGAGUUCAGCUAUGACCACUUCAGACCUCCUCCCAAACACACUCUGAGCAGGGUGAUGAUAACUAAGAACAGAGGGAAGGCCUCAAUGUGGAGCUGCACCAGAGAGCCUAUCAAACAGCCUCUACUGAAGAAGGUCCUCAGCCAUGAAGACCUGUCACAGGACGCCUGUAUGGUCUUCAUAGCUAUGAUGAAGUAUAUGGGGGACUACCCGUCUAAGCGAACACGUUCGGUUAACGAGCUGACGGACCAGAUCUUUGAAGCAGCCCUGAAGGCCGAACCUCUAAAAGAUGAGAUUUUCUGUCAGAUCCUCAAACAACUCACAGACAACCACGUCAAGUACAGUGAGGAGAAGGGCUGGGAGUUGCUGUGGCUGUGUACAGGGCUGUUCCCUCCUAGCAACAUGCUGCUGCCUCAUGUCCAGCGUUUCCUUCAGUCCAGGAAACACCACCCUCUGGCUCAGGACUGUAUGACACGACUACAGAAGGCCCUACGGAAUGGCUCGAGGAAGUACCCUCCUCACCUAGUGGAGGUAGAGGCCAUCCAACAUAAGACCACCCAGAUCUUCCACAAGGUUUAUUUCCCUGACGAUACUGAUGAGGCAUUUGAGGUGGAGUCCAGCACCAAGGCUAAAGACUUCUGUUUGGCGAUCUCUGCUCGCCUGCUGCUCAAAUCACCCGAAGGAUUCAGCUUGUUCGUAAAGAUCUCCGAUAAGGUGAUCAGUGUACCAGAGGGAGAUUUCUUCUUUGACUUUGUCAGACACCUCACAGACUGGAUCAAGAAGGCCCGGCCCUCUAAAGAUGGUAUCGUACCGUCUCUGACCUACCAGGUGUUCUUCAUGAAGAAGCUGUGGACCAACACUGUUCCUGGUAAAGACUCCUUCGCUGACUCCAUCUUCCACUACUACCAGGAACUGCCUAAGUAUCUCCGUGGUUACCAUAAGUGUAGUCGUGACGAGGUGUUCCAGCUGGGAGCGUUGAUCUACAGGGUGAAGUACGAAGACGACAAGUCACACUUCCCCUCAAUACCCAAGAUCCUCCGGGAGCUGGUGCCGCAGGACCUGAUUCGCCAGCUCUCCCCAGAUGACUGGAAACGGUCUGUAGUAGCGUAUUUCAAUAAGCAGGCUGGUAAGUCCAGGGAGGAGGCCAAACUCCACUUCCUGAAGAUCAUCUUCAAAUGGGCCACGUUCGGAUCCGCCUUCUUCGAAGUCAAGCAAACCACAGAGCCCAACUUCCCAGAGAUCCUCCUGAUUGCUAUCAACAAGCAUGGAGUCAGCCUCAUAGACCCAAAGACCAAGGACAUCCUGACCACCCACCCAUUCACUAAGAUCUCCAACUGGAGCAGCGGUAACACCUACUUCCACAUCACCAUCGGCAACCUGGUCAGGGGCAGCAAGCUGCUGUGUGAGACCUCACUGGGCUAUAAGAUGGAUGACCUCCUCACUUCCUACAUCAGCCAGAUGUUGACCACCAUGAGUAAACAGAGAACUGGGCGGGGCCACAGCAAGUGAACUUCCUAUUGGCAGGAAGCUGCAGAGCUUAUUAGAAUACUGCGACCUGUUGGCCAGCCCUGCAGCUGGGGGAGGAGCUUCUCUAACCAGGUGUGGAGAAUGAGCCGCAGCCCAUCCUCUAGCACUGCCUCCAGCUAUGCCCAUAGCAACGACCUUAGCAACGCCUCUAGCAACAACCCUAGCAACGAUCCUGAUGACGAGCCUUCCAGUGAGGAUGACUACCUCUAAGCCCCGCCCCUUUAUCUUCCCAGAGACACUACACACACACACACACACACACACACACAC